UAUUCUAAUUCCUUGUUCAGCUGAUUUCUCUUGCCUCAGGAAAACAUUAAGCUCUAAUUUGAAAGAAAAUGAGGAAUGGAAGAAGCUUAAGAAAAUUAUCAAUUUCACAUCUACAUCACCAAUCAUUUUCGAGCAGAACAUUGCCACAGAUCCUGAAGCAGAACUUGAAUAUCAUAUCAUGAGCGAAGAUGACAUUAAGAAUCUAUUCACGACUCCACCAAAAUCUGUUACAAUAAUUGAGCGAAUUGAUGAUGGAAAAGCUGUUUCAGAAAAUUCUCAAAAUCAUCAAACUGUUGAGAAAACUGUUGAGCUGGAUACUAAUUUACCAGUAUCACAAAAUGUUGCUGAUAAUGACGAUCUUUCUAAAAAAGAAAUGAAUAUUCAUGAAAAACGAAAACUGAUGGAGGAAAAUAUUCAUGACCAGCUUGACGAGUUGAAGAGAAAAAAGAUUGUUCUUCCUGAAUUUGAUGCAACAGGAUUAGUUCUGAGAAAGGUCAUUGAUACAAUGAGUUCUAUGUAUGAUUUCGUGUGUGAAAAAUACAACGUAAUUCAAUCCAGUUUGUAUGAAAUUCCAAUAGAGGAUAAGACUUAUAAGAACGAAGAAAAAAACCAGAUUUUUCUUGAAGGGAUUCUGGAACUUCCUUUAGACAAAUAUGCAAAAGCCAUGAAAUUUGCAAAGCCAAAAAAUCCCAAAUCAUUGGCUUAUCAGUUGGUGAAGCUGACCUUUCCAAAGAUAUAUUAUGAGAAUGUGUCACUCGGGAAAAAAUAUUAUUCUCAUGAAGAAUUGAAUUCAUUCAAAUCCUCGUUCAUGGAUGAUAAGAAUUGUGGAAAGUUUCCUUUAGCAUUUGUUCUUGGUUUCAAAAAUCCACUUUUGAAUCCAUUUGAUGGAGAUUUUGAUCCUAAAUUGGGCCAAAAACGAGUUGAAAUUUUUCUAGAUCACAUUUUCCGUAAAUCUGGAUAUAAAAAAUAUUCUGAUGAAGAUCUUAGUCAAGUUCGACAAAGAAUCAUGAGAAUAUUAGGAUUUCUCAAUAAAGAAAAGAAAACAUCAAGUGGAGUGAAUGAGGUCGAAGAUGAAGAAUUCGAGAAUGAAAACGAGGAUUCAGUCCAUCAUCCAAGCUACGGAAAUUUUGAAAUAUUAGAUGAUGAGAUCUUCCAAUGAAAAAGUUCUAAUUAUACUAGAAUUGACAAUUUAUGAAUCAAUUCCCAUCAUAUUUGAAAUAAAUAAAUAAAUUGA